AUGUACGUUAUCAAUCCUGCAACUGCACCGCACGACCUUUCUACAAUUAGUUACUCGUCAAACAGUACCGCAAGUGUCCGACCUGCCACACCUGGGUCGGUUCAUGUCCCAAGGAAUAACGAAAUCCUCACCCAGUUGCUGACAAAAUGCGCCAACAAUAUGUCAGACGAGGUGGCCAAUUCGUGUAGCCCUCGUGAUGAAAUAACACCUCACGCAGCAUCGCCGUCUUCGUCACCCUCUCUAGUGAGGGAGAAGGUACCAGAAACUACACAACCGUCUCCCGUGUCCACUCGUCACAAUUCAGAAAAUGCUCAGCAGAUUGUCGCAAAGCGCGUUGAUUCCUUGCCGGAAGUAAAUAGCUCACCUGUUACAGAGAGCUCUUCGUCCACGUCUCCAGUGGCUCCGAAAGUGCCACCCGAUGCUUCUUUAUCGUCCACCACAGCUUCUACAUCCAAACAUUCCUUGCCGCCGGCCAAUGGGGAAGUGGUGGUUCCAGUGGCAAAAUCGACUUCCGGUACAAGUACUACAUCCGAUACCAUCGAUCAACUGCCCAAAUCAUCUUGUACCACAACAGCAGCCAACUUUUCCAGUGUAAUUCAUCCCAAGGAGCGUGCUCUUAAGUCGAUAGCUUUAUCAGUGGAUGGGAACUCUGUGGCAAAAGAUACCGCUCUCGGCGCCCUGUCAAAAGUUGGUAACGGCAAGUCCAUUAUCGCACCUCUAACUUCGCGAAAUCGCGGUAUAAACGGUAGUUCGCCUGUUGAUACAGGGGUUACGUGUGGGGGCACCGUGCAUGGCGGACGAUUGCAGUUUUUCAAAGAUGGAAAGUUCAUACUGGAACUGGCGCGCGCCCGCGAAGGUGAAAAAACUAGCUGGAUAUCUGUGCCCAGAAAAACCUUUUGGCCACCGACAGUAUCUUCAACCAGUGUAAAUUUUCAUAAGCACGAAAGCUCUACAUCUCUGAGUUUUUCGGAUGACAACAGCUCUAUCCAAUCAUCACCAUGGCAACGCGAUCAUUGCUGGAAGCAGGGUCGUCCUCGUGCGAACAUCUCCAAAGAGCUGUCGCUAUAUUACUUCCGCCCGGCCAACGUUCGCUUCCGCUUGGCGAGGGAAACUCGUACCCGUUUGCGAAUGAAACGAAGACGACCAUAUGAUGUCGGCAUGCCACCGGAUGUCAAACAAGAUGAAUUAGGUCCGCUACUCUCGUUCGAACUCUUAAACGCACAUAAAACCAAAAGUAGCGAAGUAUUUGCGGAGAAUAAUGAUAAUCAGGAUAGUGAUAAGGAUUUGAGCACAAAUGGUGAUGGUGAUAAUGCAGCAGUAUUCACGAAGAUAAAACAAAAUGGAGCGGGAACUCCGACGGAUAUGACGUCUUCGUCCUUUGAGGUUGUUCCACCUUCGGGCAGCGACGACGAGAUUGGAACAGAUUUGAGAAAAUCGACUACAAGACAUCGGGAUCGAUGCAAACGUAGAACGGAUCUAACAACGAUUAUACAAACUCUUGUCGAACAACAACUUCGUGUCGUGGCGUCCGCUGCAGCUCUCGAUUCACGGGUCCCCUUCCGAAUGGGAUCGGCCAUUACCGGCAGUAGCAGUAUUCGGAGCGUGUUUGGCAGUUCCUCCUCGCACCUUCAACAACAUGUGUCGCCCCGCAAAAGAAUCCUGCGUGAAUUAGAAAAAGUUUCUUUGGAUGAUAGUAGCACAACGAAGCGAUCACGCCCAAAACCCUCCAGCAACAAUGGACUAGUUUCUGGCAGUCUUGGGGCACCGCUCAUCGUGACGGCAACAACCGCUACACCACUUUCCACACUAGCUGCAAACGGGUCUGCGAAUGGUGUUGGAACCAGUCAUUUUACUAAUGGCUAUACGAGUGAAAUGAGUGCCGUUCAAUGCGCCAGCAAUGGAAACAGCAGUAGUAGUGGAAAUGGAAGCAUCACCAACGGAGCUGUUGGUGGAAAGCAUCUAGCGAAUGGAAGCUCGCCAGUCAACUCGACACCAUCGGCAGUCUCGCGUCCUUUUAGCAGCUAUAGCAUAACGUCCCUUCUCGGACACAAUAAUAUUUCUUCCUCAAACGAAGCGACGCAUCGCAAACCGGACAAUUCUACCAGCUCGGCGAAAUUAUCAGCCUCGGUUGUGUCGGCUUCAUCAACAACUAGUCAUUAUCACCAUCAUCAACAGCCUCCACUUGCGUCUUCGCCGAAAUCACCCUCCACGGAAUCGUGGACAGCAUCGUUGCACCAUUAUCAACAGCAUAACAACGUGCCACAGCAGUCUGUUUCUCGGCCCCAGGCAAAGAGACGCUCUCCAAGUCACGUUGGAAGAAGUGUUGUAUCUCCUGGUGGGCCAGCAGGAAACAAUGGUGCGGAUUACAGUGCAACGAUCCAUUCACCGGAACUAAGUCCUAGCCCUGAGCACAACUGCACGUCGUAUCCGUCCAACCACCAUCAUACGCCAGUAUCAGGAGGUAGCUUCGUGCGUUAUCGACAACAUCCGUACAGUGGAAGUCCUAGCAGUUACUCAUCUGCACCUUCGUCCAGGUUUUCACCAUCGCCGACCAUGAACGAUUCUACAACACCGCCGUAUGCGGGAACGUCGUGUGGUGCGCGCACUUCUUAUCGUGCUGCAUUUCUAGCUGCCAGCAGUAACUCUCCUCCAAGCAACAUGUCUCCGAACCACUUAUCGCGGGGCUCACCUCUCAAUUUUGGUCGUACCGUGUCUCCGACCCUCCUUCCUCGCCGUCACGAGCACUCCGCCUGCUCUCCACGAGCUUCACCAAUCAGUGCAAGCAGCAGCAAUGGUAGCAGUAAUCCGGCGAGUAGUACUCCGACAUCGGCAAUGGCUUCGCUCACGACAAACUCACCUACCAUCCGGACUGUGCCAAAAAAGACGGCAGCAUUGCGACAACCGUUCACUGGUGCUCAUUCUCCUUCUUCCUCACCUUCUUCACACUCGCGAGAGCGCUCCAACUCGAACGUGUCAAGCUCUUCAACUUUAUUCGCGGUCAGAAAAGACCAUCAACAGCAUCCACACGAUGAGCGCGGAGGGCAAACCGAUGCAACUGACGGGGGAUCAGGACUUUCAGUGGCACAUUACGUACCUUCGCAUUCUGCACCUUCGGCAACUUCUUCGUCAUCUUCGGCUACUAGGCACGGAAGUCCGGGAAGCGUGUUAAGACCGAGCACAGUGAUUGCUUCCCCGACGCCACACCACCCUAUCCCGAGCACCUUCUACUCUCUCUAUCCGCCACAGUUAGCUGCCUCUCUACUGACGACUCAGCCUACUUCCUUGGGAGGCCCAGCCCAGAAUGCAGCCGCGGCAGCAGCUGCCGCAGCGGCCGCUGCUUCGGUACCGUUUCUUCCAGCAUCCGCCGCCUCGCUUACCUCGUACUAUCAACACAUGUACAACGCAGCCACAGUAGCCGCCGCGUAUCGUAAUCCUCUCUGGAUGCACUAUCCAGGAUUGGCGGCCGUAGCGCCACAAGGACUUUCAUUGUCCGUUCCACCUCCGCCACCACCGCCUCCACAAGCGUCCGCAUCGACGGUCGUUCAAUCGCCUACCACAUCUGCUUCCUUGUCCUCGCCCUCGUUAUCUUCUGUGACUGCUGGUGGUAGUGCAACUUCAGCGUUUAGGAAAGAGGAGCAGAGCCGGCACCAUCCAGUCUUUCCAGGAUCUACAGCCCUUAACUAUAGCGUCAUCUCACUAACGGCAUCCUCCUCGUCGCAUGGCAACAUUCCACCCGGCAUGUCCAAUGGCGAUGUUCCUUCAAGCUGGUCAGAGCGAGUAUCAGAUAGUGUCACCGCAUACCACCACCAUCACCUUGAUCAUUCCAUGGUUGCUGCCAGUGACGCUCUCAAGGAAGAACCCAGCAAUGGUGAGUGCGUGCAAGAAGGAUGCCGAACAUAUGUACCCCUCAAUCUCUCCAAGCACUAGAACUAGCACGGAAGGUUAAAUGAAAUCUUACGGCGUAAUGGAUGCAUAACAGAAUACAAAUCUUCCUUGCGUUGAGCGCACGGAACAAAUGGUCUAUUGUUGCUAUAAGCAGAAUAAACACCAUGCGAAAUGAAACAGCCUCGAGGACAAGAAUUGAAAAUGAAAAACAGCCUUGUUGGUAUGCCGAAACUAGAUUGUA